AUCUACUUCAGGUACUACCGCCCCCACCCCAUCCACGCGCUCGACUCGUGUGUCUAACGGCCUAACGGUCUCCACAGUUCACUGUAGCCUACUCUACUGACUUUGCUUUACCUCGUUGUUGCUGUGGGGUUGUAGGGUCGGACGCGGAAGAACGUGUUACCUCUCUUGUUGACUUGACUUGAAAUUCCCUCUUCACCCGGUAUCGACUCCUACUUUUCUUCCCCCUCGAUACAUCUCGACACUGACCUCGACCCAAAUCUCGAAUCGCAGUGGGGGGGCCAAUGUAUUUUUAUUAGUGUCGACUGCUCAGUGGUGUUUAUGUCGGGGACUUCGUCUUAUUUUAUUUUGAGAUGAAUUUAGGAUUUUCAAAGUUUUUCUCUAAAAAGAAGCAUGUGAACGAGGGGCCUACAGAGAUAGGCCUGCCGACCAAUGUUUCUCACGAAUUUCAUGUCAGUAAGAAUAAGGAGACAGGGCUGCUUGAAGGUCUACCAACGCCCUGGCUUAGACUCCUCAACACCCAAAUAACAAAAGCUGAACAAGAUGAAAAUCCAAAUGCUGCCUUACAAGCCAUUAAGUUCUAUAAUUAUUCAAUAAAAAAAAGAAUAUCUGAUACUUUUAAACCCUUAGCAACAGAACGAAUAAUUGAACAAGAAUCUAAAGAAAUUGAGAAGAUCCUUGGAGAAAAUAUUGGCUUAGGUCGAGCAAAGGGUUGCAAUAAUUUAACUCUAAGCACUCUCAGUGAUGGAACCGAUCAAGUUAUUUCACCAUCAUCAUCCUCAGAGGAGGCAACACCCCGUUCCUCCCUUCAAUCAGAGUAUGGCGAUAAUUUUGAUCGAUCUACAUAUAUUGUCAUUCAAAAGGAGGACAAGGAAGAAUCCAACUGUGCUCUGAUUAAUGAGGCACUUGAAGAAAGUUUAAAGAACUUAAAAUUAGAUGUUCAGUCCCUUCCUGAUCCUGUGCUGCCAGCUAAUCAUAGUGAUGAUGAGAGUCCUGUGUUGAGAAGAAAAACAGAUGAUCGAUCUGUUGAUCAAAUGAGUGAAGUGGAAGUCUAUGCAGAAUUGAAUCGAAUCUGUCAUCCAGGGAAUCCCAGGCGUAGAUUUGAAGUAAAAUCUGAGCUUGGUGCAGGGGCUUCGGGGACUGUGUCAAUUGCAAGAGAUACAGUUACAAAUCAGCGAGUUGCUAUUAAAGACAUUGAUCUUUCCAAGCAGCCUAGAAAAGAACUCAUUCUUAAUGAAAUUCGAGUUAUGAAGGACUUCAAUCACGAGAAUUUAGUGAACUUCCUGGAUGCUUACCUUAUUGAAGAUCACCUUUGGGUUGUUAUGGAGUUAUUGGAUGGUGGACCCUUAACAGAUGUGGUCACAGAGACAGUAAUGAAAGACAAGCAAAUUGCAGCUGUAUGUCGUGAAGUUUUGAAGGCUAUAAGUUUCCUGCACAAUAAGGGUAUAAUCCACAGAGAUGUCAAGUCAGAUAAUGUUCUGCUAGGUCUUGAUGGUACUGUGAAAUUAACUGAUUUUGGAUUCAGUGCUAAUAUUGUUGGAGAUGAGAAACGGCAAACCAUGGUUGGAACGCCAUACUGGAUGGCUCCUGAGGUUGUGACUAGAAAACAGUAUGGUCGCAAAGUGGACAUUUGGUCCUUGGGCAUUAUGGCCAUAGAAAUGAUAGAGGGAGAACCACCCUAUUUGAAAGAAACACCACUUCGGGCUCUCUAUUUGAUUGCAGCGAUUGGUAGACCACAAAUAAAAAGAUGGGAUUCUCUAUCCCCUGAUUUGCAGGACUUUUUAGACAGGUGUCUUCAAGUUGAUGUUGAUACUAGAGCAAGUGCAGAUGAACUAUUAAAGCAUCCCUUCCUGCAAGAUUGUGCAAAGCUAAGUUCACUUACUCCACUGAUUCGUGCAGCACAGAGAAUUCUUUGCAAAACCCAUUUCUAAGUCAUUAAUCUUGGAAAUACCCACAUCAGCACACACACCUCAAGUUACCAACCCACCAACUCCAUUACAUCAGCUGUGAUUGGUGAGUUUUACUUUAAAAAGUGAUAUGUUGAUAGAUGUUUCAUUUAUACUACAGGAAGUGAUAGUAAAUGGGGUCGUCAAUAGCCAUGUAUGUACCUGCUUUGGGUCAUUAUUUGACCCUGUGAAAUAGAUUUCUAGGAGAAAAUGAUGACAAAUAAAAUAUACAUGUGUUACAGAGUAGAGUUUGGUCUAGUCGAAUACAACUCUAAUAUGGUGACUCUCUAGAGAAAAGGUGAACUGAAUGAGAUGGCAGUUUUAUCACACAUAACAAUAUGAUAUGAAAAUUAUUUGACUUAGUUUAAUUUGUGUCAAUUGAUUUGGCUUUCCUAACUUGAAUGUCAUUAUUUUGGCCAAGUUGGUGAUUUUAAAUGCUUCAACAUACUUAAAUCUAUCUUUGUAACUGUUUGACUGACAAUCUCAAUUUUGUAUUUUUUUAAAUGUUUAUGAACUUGAUGCAAGAAAGUGUGUGAUCAUUGAUAUUGGAAUUCUUUUGAGAUACACAAAAAAAAUCAUUUAUUACUAGAAAUGAUUGAACUUUGUAUAGUCUGAAUGAAUACAUUCCUCAGUUUGUAUUGUCAUUUCAGAAACAUAUUUGCAGUAGAUUGAAUUGGGUGAAGCUCAAUACAUUAUGUAUUUGUGUUAUGCUUUUAGAUUUUUUUUUGUUUACUGUGUAAAGUAUUGUAUUGUUUCUAUAUAUUUUAUAGAAUUUUUAUCCUACAGUAUUCUAGCAUUGUGUCUUCCUCUGCUGUCCUCUUUGUGGAUGUUCAUAAGUUAGGUCUGUGCAAACUUUCCACUUUACAAACAUUAUUUUUGAUACAAUUUCUUUGAUCUCCGAAUUGUUUGAUACCGUUCCAAAAAACGCAUUUUUCUUGAACCAUGAAAUCCAAGCUAGGUUAUUGUACUUUUUCUCCUGUUAUUGUGGUGUCAUCUACGUAUUGCUAAGCUACAGGGACUGAGGAACAUCCGUCCACAUACUAUUAAGCAGAUAUAAGAAAUUGUUUUUACUUACUGUAGGCUGCUUUUACUUUAAUUCACUCAGGUGCUCAUGAAGUAGUGUAAUUCAUUCUUCCCGCAUUUUUAAUAAUGCUCUAAAUAAAUACCAUUUAAAAUCACAAUUGAAGUAGCCCUAUUUUUUCUCUUGUGUAGGGAAACAUUUGCUUACACCUUUAGCAUAUAUUAUAAGAAAAGCUGUAAUUAAAUUAUCAAUUAUCUAUCCUGGUUGAAUUUCUAUAUCAACCUGUAUGUCUACAUAUUCUGUAAUUGUUUUCAGCAUGCAUUAUGUAUAGUUACCUGCUCAAUACGUUUCCUUCUUGGCUGAAAUGUAUAUAAAUGUGGUCAAGAAAGCAAGCUACAUUUUUAUUUAGAAAAGGAAAUUUUAAUAAAAGCAUCAGUUACUUUUCCCUUUA